AUGUCGGACGAGAGCGAGCAACAGCUGACUUUCACCGUCAAGUCAUCCAAUGACGCCAAAUAUGCCAUUACCAUCUCAGCCAAUUCCACCGUCAGUCAACUCAAGGAAAAGCUGGCCACUUCAGAUUUCGCAGACAUCCCGACUGAGCGUCAACGUCUAAUCUAUUCUGGUCGUGUGCUUAAGGACCACGAGACACUAGCAAGUUACAAGAUCAAGGACGGCAACACUAUCCACUUGGUCAAGGGUGCUGAGAGCAACAACCGCCAAAAUCCUGCCAACCAAGGAGGCUCAACUCCUGUCGCUGGAGCUGGCGCAGCUGCCAAUGUUCCUUCCAACAUUGCUGCCGGAACUGGCACACACAACCCCCUGGCUCAACUAACAGGCGCACGCUAUGCUGGUUUCCACCAAUUGCCCGGUGCUGACAUGUUCGGCGCUGAUGGAGGCGUGAGUUCUACCAUCUCUACAGGGCUUUUGACUGCUGCUGACAACGAGUGCAGANUGGGCGCACCACCAGACCCGGACCAACUUCUACGAAUGCUCGACAACCCAGCUUUUGCCCAACAGAUGAACGAAGCCAUGAACAACCCCGAUGUUAUUAACAUGAUGCGCAACAACCCUAUGCUCCGCAACAACCCCAUGGCUCAGCAGAUGUUCGACAACCCUGAUCUCCGUCGCAUGCUCAUGAACCCCGACUUUAUCCGUAUGCAAAUGAACAUGCAGAGAAGCAUGGGUGGUGGUGGUNUUGGGCGGUGCCGGUGCUUUCCCUGCUCCUGGCGCAACAGACACUACCGAGUCAGACUCAACGUCACAAAACACACAACAGCAGAAUCCUCCGCCGAACCCCCUUGCCAUGUUCGGCGGUGGUCAGGGCGCAGGAAGCNNGGCGCCAACCCUUUCGCUGCUCUCUUUGGUGGUAACCCUGGUGCUGUGCAAGGUCAAACACCCGCUGGCACUCCUCCCGUUCCCACUGCUGGCCAAGGAACUCCCGCUCAAGGUCAAACUCCUGGUGCCAACGCUUCUCAAGCACAAGCAAACCCCUUCGCAAGUCUGUUCGGUGGUAUGGGAGGUGCUCAAGGCGGUGGUUCAGAUCCCAUCCAACAGAUGGCUCAACAGAUGAUGCAGAACCCAGAGAUGAUGCGCUCAGCAAUGAACAUGAUGCAAAACAUGUACGGCGGCAACAACAACUCAGGCGCUGGUGGCGAAGGAGGUGCAGCUGCUGCCAAUAUCUUUGGCGGCAUGAAUCCAUUCGGAGCGUUCGGUGGUAUGGGAGGUAUGGGAGGCUUCGGCGCACCGCCACAACAGCAAGACAGCCGUCCGCCAGAGGAGCAGUACGCCACUCAACUGCAACAACUCAACGCAAUGGGCUUCUACGAGUUCGAUCGCAAUGUUCGCGCUCUACGCAUGAGUGGCGGAAGUGUGGAAGGUGCUGUUGAGCAGUUGCUCAGUGGGUCAAUAUAG